AUGCAGUGUCAACAAUGUCGUGAACAAGGUCAAUAUGCAUCUGCAGAAUUGUGGUGCGACGAAUGUGAAGAAGCGUUAUGUAAAAGCUGUAAAUCACUACACAUGUCAUUCAAAGUGAGCAGAAAUCACAACGUGUCAAAAUUGCCGCCUAUCGCAGUAAAAGAACCAUCUUCGUUAAUAGGUACAGAGAAUGAAUUUGUUGAUGUCGGAAAACACAAAUUGGUUAUGUGUGAUGAACAUCACGAUAAAUCGUUAGAAUAUUUCUGUAUCAAACACGAAAAGCCAUGCUGCAUUCUUUGUAAAAGACAAUACCAUGUUGAGUGUUGCGAUGUUGAGAAAGUUGAUGACGUAGUAGACGAUACUAAACUAGCAACUACCACAGUAGACCUCUUAUUGGGAAUCGAGGAACGCAAAAGCCGUUUAACUAAAGUUGUAGAUAAAGAGAGGUCAAAUUUUAGAGGUUUAGAAAUUAUCAAGGACAGUUGUAUUGAAGAACUAAAGAAUACAAGAUCUGCCAUUGAUAAACAUCUAGAUUUAUUGCAAAAUGAAAUCGAGCAAGAAAUAAACAAAGAAUAUGGAAAUGAAACAAGGAAAAUAAACAAAAGAAUAACAAGUCUUACUGCCAGAAAAAAAUAUGUAACGGACCAACACAAAAUUGUAGUAGAUACAAAGCAAUCUGAUAUGUCAUUAGGACAAAAAUAUUUAAGGAUUAUACGCCUAAAACACAUGGAAGAUGGUUUUCCCGAAAGUGAUGAGACCUAUCAUGAUUGCAGUCUACAAGGUAUCGCUAAUCACAAACUCUCGUACCAGAAGACUAAUGAUAGUAUAACUGUAGAGCGCAUCAAACGCACUUUGCAAGGGAAAGACAACGAUAUGUUAAAGUAUCAGGAAAAUAAAAGUGAAGAUGAAUUAGAAUCGGGCUCCUCUGUAAUUGAACUAGAACUUAACCAAUCAAAAGAUUCUAAUUUUGAAUUUGAUUCAUCAGCUUUAGAAUUACAAGUUACUUCUUCCGUUGCAGGUACAACAUCUUCCUUACCUGUGACUACAACAACUACUUUGCGAGCAGAAUUGCCAUCUACAUCAACCGUUACGAGUUUGUCGCCAUUUCUUGUUACACAGACAACGAAUAUCUCAUGCAUGGAUACUGUCGAUGACCGUUCGUCAUUCGAUUUCGGUCUAUUUAACAAUGUUUGCGUUGAGAAAAAAAAUAAAAAUAUUUCAAUAAGUGAUGCAAAAUGGAUGCCGAACAAGAACGACAUAGCUUUUGUAGAAAAGUCCAAUCCAAGGUGUAUAAUCUACAACAAAAAAGGUCAGAAAAAGGGCCAAGUCAAGCUUAAUGGUGCACCACAAUGCAUAGCAAUAAUAAACAACAUUUGCGUAGGUGUAACUCUUACGAGUAAGCAAAGGGUAUGUGUGAUAAACACAGAUAAAUGGCAGAUUAUAAAUAUCAUUCCUGUUCAUGACUAUUGCGAAGGACUAGUCUUUUAUGAAAGCAAUCUUAUAGCCAACUGUGUAAAUAAAGGUUUAACGUAUAUAAACAAUUCUGGAAAAAUAGUGAAACAGAAUAUUGACAUUAAAGGGGCAUUAUACUGUCAUAUCGAUUGUCGAGGAAAUAUGUUUUCUGCUAAGAUGAACGAUGAAAGCAUACAUGUCUACAAUCUAACAACCAGUAAACGAUUAAUAUACAAUUUUAUCGGUGUAGAUAAUCCCACAGGACUGACAACCGACAAAGACAAUAAUGUGUUUGUUGCAUGUAAUAACAAUGACACAAUAUUUGUUAAACCGUCGCGUCACCCACGUUCCGUAGUAGUAUUAGGGAGAUCAGAUGGCAUUGAUCGCCCAUUGAGUUUAGACUACAAUCAUCAAAGCGACGAACUUCUAGUAGUAGAAGCUGAAUACCUACCUGCUCAUGUAUCUCAACCAUCCAGAGAACCUGUUAUAUGCUAUAGAUGUGGACAACCAGGCCACUAUGCCUUUGCCUGCAGAGUUAGACUCGAUCACACUAGAAAAGCUUGUACCUUUCAGCAGAUGAACACUGAAGCUAAGAUGUACCAACAACGACAGUCAUCAGGUGAUACAGAAGGAUUACUAGGCAGCCCUAAUGAAGUCACAGUAGUCAUCAAUGGACUUCAAGCAUCAGCUACUAGAUACUGGUUCUACAGUUAG